AUGGAUUCCCACCAGCACUUCUCGGAGGUGCACCUAGCGCUAAAUGCCCCGCUAGACACGGCUGCAUCCUUUCACAUGGAGCCCUCAACAGGGCAUCCUGCCGGGCCGGUGCAACCCCUCGACCUCCCUGGCAACGCUGCCGAGAAGGAGAAAUUCCCCGACCUAUGUUUACAUCGAGAACCAGUCGUCGUCGACAAUGACAUCGACCACCACUAUUACGACCCUACCGCCCACUCCCACCCGCAUCUGAGCUGCCUCGCCCGCCCCGACGUACGAUUAUUCUUCCUCGCCGACUUCCACCCCGACUUCGUCGCAAAAGGAUCGCCCGAGCUCUAUUCCGCACCCACUUUCGCCUCCCCAACUACCCCUAUCAAUAGGAGUCGAAGAACGAAGCAGGAGCUCAACGCCGCCAGAGUCCAGCGCUCCGGGAGCCACCGAGACAAGCAAGCUGCCGCCAAGGACAAGGAAGCCACUCCAUCUAAGCGACGGAGGUUCCUCAGCUCCGCUGCCGGCCACGUCGAUCCUUUGGCUGCCGUCGAGCCCGCUCACGAGCAGGGGCUGACCAGAAUGGCUUUUGAGGAGCAACAGAGGUGGAUUAAAGUCCAGCAAAAGACGUUUACGAAAUGCCUCGGACGCUAUGCGGCGAAGCCCAAGCUCCGUGUACAAAGGUUCGAGAAUGCCAAUUUGGCCCUCAACUUUGUCAAGUCUAGGGGCAUCCAGAUGACCAACAUCGGUGCCGAAGAUGUCGUCGACGGAAACCAAAAGAUUAUCCUUGGUCUCAUCUGGAUUCUCAUCUCCCGGUUCACCAUUAGCGAUAUUAACGAGGAGGGUAUGACGGCAAAGGAGGGUCUGCUUCUCUGGUGCCAGAGGAAGACUGCCUGCUAUGACGAGGUAGAGGUGCGCGACUUCAGUGCGAGCUGGAAUGACGGACUGGCAUUCUGCGCUCUCCUCGACAUCCACCGCCCUGAUCUUAUCGACUAUGAUGCCCUCGACAAGUCGGACCACAGGGGAAACAUGCAGCUUGCCUUUGACCUCGCGCACAAGGAAAUCGGCAUCCCUAAGCUCCUCGAUGUGGAAGAUGUCUGCGACGUUGCUAAGCCCGACGAGCGAAAUGGAAAGGUGGAGAACGCCGGAAGGCGUGUCGAGAAGUUUGUCCUCAAUAUGCAGGGCGCCUGGGAGAUGCAGAGCGCCUUCGAGAGGAGGAUGGCCGAGCUCCUACUCGCCAUCCGCGGCCAGGUCGCGCAGUGGCAACAGGCCAAGUUUGAGGGCACUUAUACCGACGCGAAGGCGCAGGCGGCGGACUUUGCCGCCUACAAGAGGGGCAGGAAGAGGGAGUGGGUAGCGGAGAAGAGCGAGCUAGCAACGCUGCUGGGCAACAUCAAGACCAAACUAGGAACCUACAGGCUUCGGCCGUACGAGCCUCCCGCGGAGCUGCGCCUCGAAGUCAUGGAGCAGGAGUGGAUUAACCUGUCAAAGACGGAGAUGGCUAGGGCGCAGCUCAUCAACGAGACGAUUCGAGAUAUCAAGAAUGCUCUACGGAAGUCGUUUGCAGACAAGGCCAAUGACUUCGCCAUGGCGCUCAACACCAUGCAACUAGCCAUCUCUGGCCUGGAGGGUGAUGUGGAAGAUCAGCUGCACCACGUUAGGAAGCUCAGCGAAAACCUCCCGCCUCUCGACAGUUACCUCAGCACCAUUGCUGCGGUGGACGAGAAGUGCCAGGAGGCGAACAUUGAGGAGAACGACUUCACAACGUAUACCUACGAUGAACUCUGCUACGAGCUAUCGCUCGUGCAGUCGUCUGUGCAGAAGAAGCUUGUCUUCCUCGAGAACCAAAUCGUAGCGCGGAACAUGACCAACCUGACGCCCAUCCAGCUCGAGGAGUUUGAGAGCGUGUUCCGUCACUUUGACCGCAACGACACCAACUCGCUGCACGAGCUCGAGUUUAGCGCCGCGCUGGCGUCGCUCGGCCUCGUAUUCUCCGAGGACGAGAUGCACGACUACUUCCUGGACACCUCCAAGGGCCGCGACUACGUGACCUUUGAGCAGUUCAUCCGCUUCAUGGUGGACGUGACCGAGGAUCAGAACACGGCCGAGCAGGUCUUCCAGUCCUUCCGCGAGGUCGCCGACGGGAAGCCCUACGUCACGGAAAUGGACCUGCGGCACAGUCUUGUGCCGGACGAAGUCAUUGACAAGCUCGCCGAGUUCUUCCCCAAGCACCAAGGCCCCGACCUUGCGACCGAUCGGGGUAUGCCGCAAUUUGACUACGUCUCCUUUAUGGAGAAACUCCUCUCGGACGGCUCGGACGCAUCCUCCCCAACAGCGGGAAAGCGUCCGAACGGCAACCUGAACGGUCUUCACUAG